CGCCUGUGUCAAAACCUUUAUUUUGGUAACAGCACAUGGCAUCGCGAGCUCACCCCAGUGACACUACUGCGCGCGCAAGCCACAGGUGGCGUUCAUGCGUGCCACCUUAGCAUCUGAAACAACAACCGAGACGACAGACGAGCGCUUCAUCACAGCGUCAGUGCUCCUCUGCAUUUUAACGGAGAGGUCUCCUGAAGUUGCUCUCUACUUUGUUUUUGUCCGCAUUUUGGAGGCGGUCGUCGCUUCAGGCUGAGGUGAGCCAGGACCUGCUGUCUCCUGGGUGUGUAUGUUCAGCGUUUUGUUGAGGACAGAUUAAACAGGUCGAGAGGGCACCUUAAACCACACUGUACUCACCUUGGGUUUUGACGAGCGAGCGUGCUGACCCGAUCACUCAAUGGCGCUGACGGUGAACCUGAUUGGUCCUUCACCAUGGGGCUUUAGAAUAUUUGGAGGAAGGGACUUUAAGAAGGCCAUAACUGUAUCAAAGGUCAAUGGGGGAAGCAAGGCAGAGCAGGCAGACUUGCAACCUGGUGACAUUAUCUUGGAGAUCAACGGGGAAAACACGACCGAUAUGCUGAACGUGGAGGCUCAGAACAAGAUCAAGAACUCCAAGACCCAUCUGCAGCUAGUGGUGCAGAGGCCGGAACCUUCCAGCCCUGGACAGACCAACGGCAUCAGCACCCCUGAACAGCUCACCGGACGCUUUCAGGAGGCAGUAAUAGUGAGUCGAGAUGAGAACCAGAACUACAGGGAGUACACCAUCUCCAGCCCUGCAUCACUGUCCCCUGGACCUUAUUCACCAGAUCCUCCUCCCAGCCCUGAUGGGAAGAGGGAGAGGCUGACACCCACCACCAACAAGAGUGUCCAGCUGCGCUCGUGGUCUCCAGAGGACAAGAGUCACAGGCUGUCCAGACCACUGUCACAGGAGUUCUCCCCUUCAGACUACAGAAAUAACUCUGUGUCCAGCAGAACCCCGACCCCCCCAGGACGCUACUCACCCCACAGUCCCAUUGAUCGGGAUGUACCCAUGUCUCCCCGACGCAGCAGCUCAAGCUCUGACUUCGCCAUGCACAAGUUCGACAGGGACUCAGAGGUGUACAAGAUGAUCCAGGAGAAUAAGGAGUCCCGCACAGCACCCCGUCAGUCCAACACCUUCAAAAUGCUCCAAGAGGUCCUGGAGGCUGAUGAGAAAGAGGCAGCCCUGCGGUUCCCAGGGAAACUUUCGCCCAGCCCCCCCAAACCAGGCACAUCAGUGGGAGGAGUCAGCAAAUAUCACACCUGUGAGAAGUGUGGCACCAACAUUGUCACACAGGCCGUGCGCAUCACGGAUGACCACUUCCGCCACCCAGAGUGCUACACCUGCACAGACUGUGGCCUUAACCUCAGGAUGAGAGGUCACUUUUGGGUCGGAGAUGUGAUGUACUGUGAGAAGCACGCCAAACAGAGGUACCAAGGCCCAGGUUCCCUCCAAGCCACCGUGUCCCCUCGCCAAUGAAUCUGCCGCUCCACAUCUGUCCCGCCUCGGGACGUAGAGUGCUGCUUGUCUGCCCGGGGAUCCACCUCAUCUGACUCAGUUACAGACCUUGGGAUGGGGCAUGGAGGUGGACACUGAUUAAUGAUACAGCAGAGGAUGUUUCUUUUCUGAUCACAUUUAACUAUACUUUGCAAUAUUAUGAUUCACUUUCUUGCCUUUCUUGUAAUUGUAUCAGAAUUCGGGCUUUGUUUUUCAUAAGGCCCAGCCUCCUCAGUCUCUUUAGGUUAUUCUUAGCUCUAAUGAUGCACAGCUGCCAUGGACUCAAGCCACAUUACAUUGUACUAAGGCCAGAUUUACAUAACGACAACACUUUAGACAAACUCAGCAGGACUGACUCUCACUCACUCUCUGAGGAUCUGGAUAAUCAUUUAUAUUUUAAUCUCCUGCUGACACAAAGGGACCAAAAUCUCACCUACACUGCAUGCCAUUUAAAAAAAAAAUAAAUAAAUAAAUAAAAAAGCACUGUACACAGACAGUGCUCUGUGUGGGUGUGUGUGCAUGUGGGUGUGUAUGGGUGUGUAUGGGUGCAUGCUUUCACAUGCAGAAGUGUGGUAGCUUCUGCAUGCCUUCUCUGCAUCUGUGUGCAUGGUUGAAGAGACAGACAGAGAAAGAGAGAGAGAGAGAGAGAAGGGAAGGGGGUUCCAAGUUAUUACAGACAAGAGUUUGUGAAAUUUGCGCUAUAGUUAGGCCAAAAGCCCUUGGGUUUUUCUGUAUUUCUUUUGUAAGCAGAAUUUAUUAGUAAAAAUAAUGAUAAAAUACAUAUUUACUGACUUGUUUGGCUGUUUUGAUGCUUAUGAGGGACUAUAGAUUCAUUCAGCAUACAGUAUUUUUGAUGUUUUUGUGAUUGAACUGUAUUCUAUGACAUAAACCAUUUAAAAUGCAUAAUGUAUGCACAGGACAUUUAGUGUGAAAAGAAUUGAUGACAAUACUACACUUGUCCACUUACAGCAGUACUCAGAGAUACACAAUAAUGUUCGCAUUUCAUGUGGCACUUAAUAAAAUCGCACAACCUGA